AUGGCGCUCAUCAAGGUCCAGCAGAAUAGCCGCGACGCAGAGUCGAUUGCCCCGGCGUUCUGCCGCAGGUCGCCGCCGCCGCACCAUCAAGGCGCCGACCCGACCAAGGCUGGCUUUAAGUCGCCGUGGGCAUCCGCAAGGCAGCUUGGCUUAUUCUCAUUCCUCAGAACGAGGUUGUUCGACUGGAAUGAGAAGCCGCUACCUCCAAAGGAGCAGCUCCCGGCUGUGAGAAUCGUAACAUUUGAAGCGACAUCUGGGGAUGCAUCAGACAUUCGCUUCACCUGGCUUGGUCACGCAAGCUGCCAUUUGCAGAUCCCUGUGCUCUCCGGAGGAACGUUCACCAUCAUCACAGACCCCGUCCUCUCUCGUCGAUGUUCACCUUUCUCUUUUGCAGGCCCCAAACGGUAUACAGAUGCAUGCACCACGGUCGAUGCGAUCGCUUCGUCAUCAGCACCAGGUGCUUGGCCUGAUGCAAUCGCUAUUUCUCACAAUCACUAUGACCAUCUGGACCUGGCCACAAUCAAAGCCCUCAUCUCGCGACCAAACGGCAAGCCCGUUCCUCACAUCUUUUGCACGCUAGGCGUAAAAGCAUGGUUCCUCUCUCUUGGUCUAUCCCCCGAUCAUGUGACCGAGCUCGACUGGUGGGACCGCCGGGUCGUACAGCGCGAAAGCGAUGGCGCCAGGGUUCGCUUCACCUGCACCCCUGCACAGCACUUUUCUGGACGAGGGCUCAUUUGCGAUAAGACGCUGUGGGGCGGGUGGGCGUUAGAGAUCUUAUCGCAGGAAGAAGCCAAACGAGGAGCGAAGAUUUGGUUUGCAGGUGAUACCGGGUACAGGCAUGUGCCUCGGAAGGGUAUGAGUAGAGAAGAAGAGGAUCAGAUUCCGUCCUGUCCUGCCUUCAGAGAACUAGGUGACAUGAUGGGUCCAUUCGAUCUCGCUUUGAUACCCAUUGGAGCCUACCUUCCUCGAGUCUUCAUGUCGAAUGUUCACUGCUCCCCUAGCGAUGCUGUCCGCAUUCACCGCGAGGUGCAUUCACGCAAGUCGUUCGGGAUCCACUGGGGCGUAUUCAGGCUGACGCCUGAAGCACCUGAUGAGCCGCCGCGACUGCUCAAGGAGGAGGCAGCGUUGCUAGGUCUUCCAGAAGAUCAGUUUGCCGUCUGCGAAAUAGGGGAGACGGUCAAUGUUGUCGUAGAAUGA